AUGAUGAAUGAUCAACCACAACAACAACUGAUACCACAACCGAGGAAAAAAAGAACAGCCACACGUCUAAUGGAUAUAACAGAGCCACAAGAAGUUGAAUUUAACAGUCUUGGUCAGCAUUGUGGCCAUAAGCAAAAUAAGUUCGCCAAUGACUGCGGGGUUGUUACGAGAAAGUUAAUUUCUAUCGAAUAUCCGACUUGGAAGAAAGUGCCAGCAAAUGAAAAGGAGAACUUAUGGUUGACCAUCAAGAAACGUUGGAAUAUCCAUGAUGAAAAACGCAGAGCAUAUGUGCUUAUGACUUGCAACCACAAGUGGAGAUCAUACAAGAAGAGGCUUAAAAAGAAUUUCUUGACCAAUGAGAGAAACCCACUUGAAACCUACUCAUAUCUGGAGAAGACUGCAUUGCAAAAAUUUAAGGAAAGGAUAUCAUCAAAGGAAUUCCAGGAUAUAAGUGAGAAAGCAAAGAUGAGUUCAAUGUGUAAUACAAAUCCACCCCGAGUAGGCCCACAUGGUUAUCGGGGCAACAAACCUAAGUGGGAACAAGAGAAGGCAUCGGGUGAGCUGCCGCCACAGUUGUAUCAGAUAAAAAGCGAGCGUUCAUUAGAUUAUGUGUUGGGGAGAAGAUCUAAAAAUGAGUCAGGGUCAAAAAUAAUACCACCUAACAUGGAACCCAUAGUAAAAAAGCUUAUAGAUGUCCAAAAAGAAAUAUCCAGCGGUGAUUUGUUGCCGGGUCCCGGAGAGGAUUUGUUGACUAUGGCUAUAGGGCCGGAGCACCUGGUCGCACUAGGGCGGUGGGGCAUGAUAUCGGCUUAA